AGAAAAAAGAUGGAACAUAACAAAGAAUGAAAUACUCAUUUUCAUACCCCACAAAAGGAAAAAACCAGCUAAUCCAAAACCCCAGUUCUAGAUAUUUUUUUUUUCAUUUGAAAACUUUGGGUUAUCGUAAUCUGUAACCACCCACCAACUCAUAAAUGCCAAAUUAAUUUUUUUUCCCUUCAACUUUUAAAUCCUUUCCUCUUUUGUUUCCCCUUCUUUUCCUAGACUGUUAUUUUAUCAGGUCUUUUAACGGCUACCACUUCAUUCCCUUCUUCUUCUACCUUCAGUUUCAGAAAACAGAGGAACUUUUUGUUUUUUAAAGGAAGAGUGAAGGCAGAUGGAUUUUAGUUCAUUCUUGACGUCCUUAGGGACGUCUUUUGUAAUAUUCAUAGUGUUGAUGGUGCUCUUUGCAUGGCUUUCGACGAGGCAAGGGAACGCGGUGGUGUAUUAUCCGAACCGGAUCGUCAAAGGUAUGGAACCGUGGGAAGGCGGUUCAAGGACACGAAACCCUUUCGCUUGGAUAAAGGAAGCCUUGUCUUCGAGUGAACAGGAUGUCAUCAACAUGUCUGGGAUUGACACUGCCGUCUACUUCGUCUUCCUCAGCACUGUAUUGGGAAUCUUGGUUUUGUCUGGCAUUGUACUGCUUCCAGUUCUUCUACCCAUUGCUGCAACUGAUGAUGGUGUGAAGAAGAACGAACAUACUAGUAAUAAUACGAGCAAUGGAACUUUCAGCGACCUAGACAAGUUAUCAAUGGCGAAUAUUGAGGUGAAGAGUCCAAGGUUGUGGGCAUUCCUGGUAGCUACCUAUUGGGUGUCUGUUGUCACCUAUUUCCUUACAUUUAAGGCUUACAAACAUGUUUCUGCUCUAAGAGCUACCGCUCUAAUGUCUAAUGAAGUGAAACCUGAGCAAUUCGCGGUUCUCGUUAGAGACUUGCCGAAAGCCACUUCAGGUCAAACUCGAAAACAGCAGGUUGAUACAUACUUCAAAUCUAUAUAUCCUGAGACAUUCUACAGAUCAAUGGUGGUCACUAACAACAAAGAGGUUGAUAAAAUCUGGGGAGAGUUGGAAGGGUUCAAGAAGAAGCUUGCGCGCGCAGAAUCCAUAUAUGCACUGUCCCAGGGAAAUGGUCAAGGCACGAGACCAACCAACAGAACCGGCUUCCUUGGUCUCUGUGGUAAAAAAGUAGACAGCAUAGAGUACUACAAUGAAAAGAUUAAGGAAUUGACACAAAAAUUGGAAGCUGAACAAAAGGUCACCCUCCGAGAAAAGCAGCAAGGUUCUGCUUUGGUUUUCUUUACCAGUAGGGUGACUGCAGCCCUGGCUGCUCAAAGCCUACAUGCUCAGAUGGUUGACAAUUGGACCGUUACUGAAGCGCCUGAACCUCGUCAACUCAUAUGGAGCAACCUGACCAUCAAGUUUUACGAUAGGAUAAUACGACAAUAUGUCGUUUAUAUUGUCGUGUUUCUGACCAUAGUUUUUUAUAUGAUUCCCAUUGCUUUUAUCUCUGCAGUCACAACCCUUAAGAAUCUGAGAAAACUUCUGCCAUUCUUGAAGCCUAUUGUUGAUAUAGCUGCACUAAAGACGGUAUUGGAGGCAUAUCUUCCUCAGCUUGCACUCAUCAUAUUUUUGGCAUUAUUGCCCAAGUUCCUCUUGUUCCUCUCUAAAACCGAAGGAAUCCCUAGUGGGAGCCAUGUCAUAAGGGCUGCAUCUGGGAAAUACUUUUAUUUCAUCGUGUUUAAUGUUUUCAUUGGUGUUACUAUUGGUGGGACUUUGUUCGCUUCAAUUAAGACCAUUGAGGAGAAACCUAACUCCGUUUUCGACAUGCUGGCAAAAAGUCUGCCUGGCAAUGCAACUUUCUUCCUUACAUUCGUGGCUCUAAAGUUCUUUGUUGGUUAUGGGCUUGAGCUUUCUCGAAUAGUCCCUUUAAUCAUAUAUCAUUUGAAGAGGAAAUAUCUUUGUAAGAACGAAGCCGAGUUAAGAGAAGCUUGGUUUCCCGGAGAUAUUAACUAUGCAACUAGAGUUCCUAGUGACAUGCUUAUCGUCACAAUCGUUCUUUGCUACUCGGUUAUAGCUCCUGUGAUCAUCCCAUUUGGAGUACUUUACUUUGCCUUGGGUUGGCUUGUUCUCCGGAAUCAGGCACUCAAAGUUUAUGUUCCGGCAUAUGAGAGCUAUGGAAGAAUGUGGCCUCACAUGCAAAUCCGAAUCAUUAGUGCCCUGUUCUUAUACCAAGUUACCAUGUUGGGUUACUUUGGGGUGAUGAGAUUCUACUAUACUCCCAUCCUGGUUCCGCUCCCGAUAUUAUCUCUCGUCUUCGUCUUUGUCUGUAGGAAGAAAUUCUAUGGGGCUUUUUGUCACACGGUGCUUGAGGUCGCUAGCCAAGAACUGAAAGAAACUCCUCACAUGGAACAGAUAUUCAAAUCCUUUAUCCCACCAAGCUUGAUCUCUGAGAAACAAGAAGAUGAGCACUUUGAAGAUGCUUUGUCUCAAGUUUCAAGAUCAGAAUCUUCUGUUUGAUGUACAUUUUUUUGUUUGUCUUGCUUGUGUCUUUCCACUGAGGUACCACCAUGUCCUUGUCUUGAAUCUCAAGUGUCCUUAAACUUAGAUUUGUCUGUUGAUAAUAUGGUUUUAGGGAACCUUGCUGUCAGAUCGUUUGUUUCUAACACAAUCACUUCCUUUGGAUCUUCAGCUUGAAUUUCUUAAAUUAGUUCUUGUUCAGUGUUUAA